GAUACAUUAGCAAAGGAGGCAACUAGAAGAACAGAUGUGGACAUUCAAAUAAAUUACAGUAAAGGAGAAAUGAAAACAUUAUGGAGAGUGAAAUCAAAAUAAUGUGGACAAAUCACAAUGGGGUGAAGAAAGAGGAAGACUUCUUUAUAAUAUCUGGAAGAAGUCAGGAAUGCAGAUUUAAUAGUACAUUGUUUUUGAAUAAACACAAUGAGAGUUAUGAGCACUGCAAUCAACAAGAAACGUUCAGCAUGUACCGGUGAGAUAGAUGUUCACGAAAUAAUCAAGAGGAUGAUUGAUUUAUAAGUUAUCAUGGAAUAAAACACGAUUGAACAUUAAUAUUUUUGCAGAAAGGAUUAUUGCUUUAACUAUAUCAGGCUCAGAAUCAGGUUUAUUAUCACUGGCAUGUGAUGUGAAAUUUGUUAACUUAGCAGCAGCAGUUCAAUGUAAUAAUCUAGCAGAGAGAAAAAAAAUAAAGUAAGACAUAAGUAAACAAUUACGUAUAUUAAAUAGAUUUUAAAAAAUGUGCAAAAACACAAAUACUAUAUAUAAAGAAGUGAGAUAAUGUUCAAGGGUUCAAUGUCCAUUUAGGAAUCGGAUGGCAGACGGGAGGAAGCUGUUCCUGAAUCACUGAGUGUGUGCCUUCAGGCUCCUGUACCUCCUCCCUGUUGGCAGAGGGGAAGAAGCUGUUCCCGAAUCGCUGAGUGUGUGUCUUCAGGCUCCUAUACCUCCUCCCUGAUGGCAGAGGGGAAGAAGCUGUUCCCGAAUCGCUGAGUGUGUGCCUUCAGGCUCCUGUACCUCCUCCCUGAUGGCAGAGGGGAAGAAGCUGCUCCUGAAUCAGUGAGUGUGUGCCUUCAGGCUCCUGUACCUCCUCCCUGAUGGCAGAGGGGAAGAAGCUGUUCCCGAAUCGCUGAGUGUGUGCCUUCAGGCUCCUGUACCUCCUCCCUGAUGGCAGAGGGGAAGAAGCUGCUCCUGAAUCAGUGAGUGUGUGCCUUCAGGCUCCUGUACCUCCUCCCUGAUGGCAGAGGGGAAGAAGCUGUUCCCGAAUCGCUGAGUGUGUGUCUUCAGGCUCCUGUACCUCCUCCCUGAUGGCAGAGGGGAAGAAGCUGUUCCCGAAUCGCUGAGUGUGUGCCUUCAGGCUCCUGUACCUCCUCCCUGAUGGCAGAGGGGAAGAAGCUGCUCCCGAAUCACUGAGUGUGUGUCUUCAGGCCCCUGUACCUCCUCCCUGAUGGCAGAGGGGAAGAAGCUGCUCCUGAAUCACUGAGUGUGUGCCUUCAGGCUCCUGUACCUCCUCCCUGAUGGCGGAGGGGAAGAAGCUGUUCCCGAAUCGCUGAGUGUGUGUCUUCAGGCUCCUGUACCCCCUCCCUGAUGGCGGAGGGGAAGAAGCUGUUCCCGAAUCGCUGAGUGUGUGUCUUCAGGCUCCUGUACCUCCUCCCUGAUGGCAGAGGGGAAGAAGCUGCUCCUGAAUCAGUGAGUGUGUGCCUUCAGGCUCCUGUACCCCCUCCCUGAUGGCGGAGGGGAAGAAGCUGUUCCCGAAUCGCUGAGUGUGUGCCUUCAGGCUCCUGUACCUCCUGCCUGAUGGCAGAGGGGAAGAAGCUGCUCCUGAAUCACUGAGUGUGUGUCUUCAGGCUCCUGUACCUCCUCCCUGAUGGCAGAGGGGAAGAAGCUGCUCCUGAAUCACUGAGUGUGUGCCUUCAGGCUCCUGUACCUCCUGCCUGAUGGCAGAGGGGAAGAAGCUGCUCCUGAAUCACUGAGUGUGUGCCUUCAGGCUCCUGUACCACCUUCCUGAUGGAAACAGUGAGAAAAGGGCAUGCCUGGGUGCUGGAGGUCCUGAAAAGUGGACGCUGCCCUUCUGAGAGACCGCUCCCUGAAGAUGUCCUGGGUACUUUGUAGGCCAGUGCCCAAGAUAGAGCUGAACCAGAUAGCGUGGUUCCUUACCAAUACAGGUCUUCUCACAGAAUUUAACAAAAUAUAUAGAUUUAGAUAUCCUGACCUACACUCCAGUUCAGAAGGUGUCGGUAAUGAACAAGGCUUUUUGCCAACAGCCAUAAAACCUCAGAAGACGAAGGAACUGUGAACAAAUCUGAAGGUUGGUACACAACGCAACGGGCUCCCCCAGUCCGAUCUGAUUGAGGUGACUGUCGUGAAGCGGGCCGGAAGCCGGCAGUGUGUCAGAGAGCGUCGUGAAGCGGGCCGGAAGCCGGCAGUGUGUCAGGGGCCGUCGUGAAGCGGGCCGGCGGAAGCCGGCAGUGUGUCAGGGGCCGUCGUGAAGCGGGCCGGAAGCCGGCAGUGUGUCAGGGGCCGUCGUGAAGCGGGCCGGAAGCCGGCAGUGUGUCAGGGGCCGUCGUGAAGCGGGCCGGAAGCCGGCAGUACUGCAGGGAACCGGUUGGUGACCGGAGGCAGCGACUCCAGGAAAGUUCCGGGACGGUAAUCAGAGCGGCCAGGCCGGGAUGGGCAACGUCGACAGUGCCAGGGCCGAGCAGCCGGACUGUGUUGAGCUGGAGGAAGAGGACGAGGAGGACGAACUGGGCCCUGACACCGAGCCAGGCCCCGGCAAGGCCGGCUUCCCGGGCUCGGCGCUGGGGGCGGCCGGCGGCUCGGACACCGGGGACGGAGGCUCCGGCUCCGCGCCGGCCUUGAGUCUGAACUGCGGGCCCAGCCCCGAUGUCCUGUUCCAGCAUCAGCGGCUGCGGGAGGCGGCGGCCAAGGUGCGGGACGAGGUGGAGGAGAACGUGGUGCAGCAGCACCAUAGCCACCUGAUCCGCUGGCUGGAAGAGCGGCUGGCCCGCGGCGAGGAGACCAUCCGCCUGGCACAGUUCUGUGACCUGCUCGCCACCAGGUUCGCCAUCAAAGAGGAGUGCGAGGAGGCGUUUGCUCAGUUUGAUGCAGAGGGAGAUGGCACAGUUGCUGUGGAGAACAUGUUGGAGUCACUGAAAACCUCUGGCGGAGCUAAUCUGCGGGGAGAAUUAAGUCAUGUGAUUCGACAGUUACAAGGAUGUUCCCUAACUCCAGGAUUUGUUGACAUCUUUUCAAAAAAUAAGGAACGCAUGGGUGUUCACGCUGCAAAAAUCUUGCGUUUCCUCCACAGGAACAGAAUCCCAAGUAAUGCUAUCCCAUUUCCCAUGAUGGACAGCUAUAACAACAUUUGUGCCAUGCGUUCCUCCGUUUUGAAGGAUUGUCUAAAGCAAUUGUUAGAGAAAAAGAACGAAACAAUUCAAUGUUCAACAGAUAUGAAUGGUAAAAGAGAGUUGGAUAAGUUGAAGGUAGUAACCAAGUGCUACACCACCUUGGAAGCUUCCUCAAAUUCAACUGAUGUUGACAAGAUGACCAAUGGAGAAACAACCUCCUACUGGCAGUCAGAUGGGAGCUCGUGCUCACACUGGAUCAGGUUGCGCAUAAAACCCGAUGUUGUGCUGAAGCAUUUGUCAAUAGCAGUGUCGGCUAGUGAUCAAAGUUACAUGCCACAGCAGGUGACUGUGUCGUUGGGGAGAAAUCCUAGUUAUAUGCAGGAAAUCCGUGAUGUUCGUAUUCCCAGUAAUAUGACUGGAUACAUUACAUUGCUGGAAAAUGCAAACAUCAAUCACCCAUUUGUACAGAUAAAUAUUAAGCGUUGUCAUGGUGAUGGCUGUGACACAAGGAUUCAUGGGCUCAAGACUAUGGGAUAUCAGGUUAUGAAGAAACCUGGAGUAUCUGUAUCUGAUGCGUCUGCAAUUUGGUAUUUGAGCUUAUUAACAACAUUGGUGACGGCUUCUGUAGAAACGAAUCCAGACCUGGCACAAAGUGUCCUCCAAAUUACGCAAAAAGCACUGCAACACAUGCCACCCCUUUCCCUCACCACUGGGUCCACAGUGAUGCCCAGCUUCAUGUCAGCAAAUGUCCUGGAGAAAGUCGACAGUUUUCUCAUCAAGAUUGCAGGCUGCUGUGCUAGUUCGGAAGCAGAGUUGACCCUUUUGGCUUUUGCUUUGGCCCGAGGAAGUGUGGCUAAAGUGAUGGCAUCACUUUUGACCAUCAGUGAUCACCUAGAUACCGAAUAUGAAGCUACCCAUCUCCUCACAGCAAUGACAUCUGUGCGAAUAAACCAGCUUCAUAAAUAUGGGAAACCACUUCAGUUGACUGUGGAGGCCUGUGAUGCCAAAGAAGGAAAAGAGAAAGGAUUUGGACCCACUGCUGUGCUUUAUGAGUCACUGCUGGGAGAUGGAUUUUUGUCAGAGGCUGGCCAUACACAGGCCAGCUUUAUUCUGUCAACAAGAACAAAGUUAGCCAUCCAGGUCACUCGGAUCAGGGUUAAGGUCCAUAAUGGUGCUAAAGGAGCAAAAUGUGGCUUGGUCUUUGCUUAUAAUGAUGAGUCAGAAACCUUUGAUGCAGAGAAACAUUUCAAGAGGUUUGAAAAGUAUAAUAAAUGGAAGCUACAAGAGUUUCGACAAUUUGUGAAGGAAAGAAACAGUGAUCAGAAGGUUGACUUGGAUGAAGGUGAACCUGUUGGGUGGUUUGAACUGGACGAUGAAUGGAAUGAGACUGAAAUAAAAUUACCGAUCUGUCGAAUCAGCAAGUAUCUGAUGGUGAAGUUUCUCUGUCCACGUCAAGAAGAUGAGAAUAACGUGCGUAUCGGCAUCAAGCAUCUUUCCAUUCGUGGCUAUAUGAGACCACCCAAUCAAGAGAGUGUCUCUUUCUCUGAGACAGUGCCAAAUGCUCUUGUUACCGGACAAACACUCGUUUUGAAGACGCUCUACUUUAUCCAGCAACUGGCACAGGAUGCAGCAGAACUGAAAGAGCGGAAGUUAAAACAGAAACCUUACUUGGAUUUUUCAGAUCUUAAUCUACAACUGUUUUGGAAUUUCUACAAAAAAUUCAGAGAAAAUCAAGACUUAGAGUGUCUCCUAGCACAGACUAUUUUGUUGCAACUUCUUCAGAAUUGCUUGGUGCUACUAUCCGGAUGUCAUCAGUCUGAGAAAGCACAAGGCACAGUACAGCCUGGCACUGAAAGGAAACAGUCUAUUGAUACAGAAUCUGCUCGUGACCUCUAUGUGUAUCUUUGUGAAGUAGUGGAUGGUAAGAAAGAUGACAUGGUUUCCGGAUUGUUGAAGAAGGAAGCAGUAAAUACCAUCCUUAGUGGAGCUGCCAUCUUUUUUCCGGAUGUAAAUACUCGACGAAAUCAACUUUUUAAAAUGAUGGAAACAAUCACCGAACCAUCUCAACCUCAUUCUGCUACAAUUACAUUCCAGUCCCUGUGUCAUUACUUCAGUAACAAGGAUCCAAGUGGGCUGCUGCAGUUGCCACAGAAAGGGGUUCCUGCAGAGUUUGAUAUGAAUUCAGUAAUGAUGGUUAUGGACACCUUGCUGUUGGUAGCAACACGGGAGUGUGAAUUGAUGGUUGCAAACAAUUCAUUUGGGAAGAAUGAAGCUGUUCUUGUUAAUCUGCUUUGGGCAUUGCAAGGCCAUCUCCUCUCCUGGUGUUACUUGCAGCUGAAGGGAAGUGAUGUCUUGUCUGUUCAACGUGCCAGUGAAAUUCUCCGUAACUAUGUUGAACGUCACAUUGCCAGUGCAUCUAAUGUCUUAGAUUUCCUGAUGCUGAACUGCAGUGGGAAUAAGCUCACGGCAAAGCUAAAUGACUCCUUCCUUGCUAUGGCGACGAGACAACUGGUGAUCUUUCUGUUGGAACUUCAUAACUUGGAAAUCCCUCACUGUGAUCUGCUGCAAGCUUUUGCUCCACUGGCAAAGAAGUUGAAGAUCCUCUGCAGUGAAACUGGUGAUGAUUUUAUCAAGCUUGGCGGUGAGAACUUGGAGAAAUCUGAGGAGUCAGUGUUUCUCAGGAUGUGGAGCAUGGAGUCUACUCACAACUAUGAAAACAAUAGUCAUGCAACUACUGUUUUUAUUUGUCCGGGUGCAACAUUAUUUGAAGUGGAGUUUGAUGAAAAAUGUGAAACAGAAAAAAGGUAUGAUUACUUAGAGUUUACGGACUCCAGAGGGGUGAAAAUGCGUUAUGAUGGGAAAGUUGGAACCGAGAAAUGGCCAACGUUAGUGACAUUUAAAGCAGGCCCAAGGCUGCAGUUUCUCUUCCACUCUGACAAUUGUAACAAUGAAUGGGGAUACAAGUUCAUGGUGAAAGCAUAUGGUCUGCCAGACGUGCGUGUACCUUGGGUUGCAGAUUUACAGCUUCUUGUGUCUCGACUUAUGGGCUGCCUUGCCUCCCGUGCAUUGUCUUUGAAUUCUGCCUGUGGGCUGAUCCUUUCUGCUAAGUUACCAGUGGAGAAAGUUACUUCUGUUGUAGAGUCUCAGCUCUGGAAACCUAUCUUAAGGCAUGGAACCUGUGCAGGAAUUGACCAGUGCCCAGUGGGAGCUGUUAACAGCACAUCAGAUGAAGAAGCUGAAAUGAGCAAGAAUGUUGUCCAGAAGUUCCUGGUCCAGGUUGCUCUCUGGGAUCCUUCACAAGAUGAUUUCACCGACGUUCAGUCCGACCUUGUCAGGCAACUUGUCAGCCUUUGCAAGAAGCAGUCCACGAAGUUGGAAGUAGUUAGUGGAAUUGGGCUUGGGUCAAAAGUUGAUCAAGCUGUGAAUGCUGUAUUUGCUGCCAUGAUGUACCAUAGUGCUGAUCUUCACAGUGCUCUGAAAAUUUACGUUACAAGUGGAGGUGCUGCAGGUUUCAGUGACGAAAUCGCAGAAGUGUACACUUUGGCUGAAGGAAUGAAAACCUGGAUAAUGGAACGUAAACAGAAAUAUGUAAUGAUGACCAGUGAUAAAGAGGAAGCGCAAGAUGAUCACAAGAUGAACCCGGAAAACAUCAGUGAAAAUUGGAUUGGGAAGAGCCUUUUGCUACUAAAGUUCCCACCAUUAACAACAAAAAGUAUUGACUCUUCCUCUGAGAAGACUUUACAGGAGCAGGAAUGUGCUGUGCUCAAACCUGCCGACCUGCAGGUUCAGCUUACUACUACCCAGUCCACAGCAUCACAGGAACUACUGGAACAGCCACAAAGCACAGUGGGUGAAAAGCCCCAGCAAGCUGUCACAACGCUGAACACUGACCCUGAUCCUGCUGGUCCAACAUGUACAGAGAGCCCAGUGUCCAGUGAAAGCACGGUAUCUCCGUGUGUUGACCUUCACUCUCCUUUCAGCUCCAAACCCAAGAACCCACUCAGUAAAAGCCGACUUAGAUUACUUUCAUUCAGGUCCGUGGAAGAAUUUAAAGUUGAUCCAGUCCAAGACAAAUUUCCAAUUUUGAAGAGCAUCUCAGAGUUCAUGAAAGAUCUCAAUAUUUCAUCUGAAAGUGUUUUACAGGUUCUAUCUUUGCGUAAGGCCCAGGCCAUGAAUAUCAUCAAAGUUCUCCAUGCAGUUUGUGAAUGCCUGCAUUCACUAGGACAACCUCAUCUCUUCCAGUUCUCCUGCAUUCUCUUUCUUCAGGAAAUGUUAACCUGUCAGAAGGAAUUGAUCAGCUAUCGCCAGCAGUUGGAGGGCUGUGGAAAGGACGUAUGGAGUGUACUCCGCCAGAGUUACUACAAUCUUCUGUUGCUUCUUGUAAAUGCUGUUCGUCAGUUUAACAAUGAGAAAGAUUGGUCCCUACUCCCAGCACUAUCCUGCAUUCAGACCUGCCUGCUGCACUUGCUCGAUAUGGGUUGGGAACCUAUGGACCUAUCCUUUUUCAAUGACAUCAAGCUACCUGAUCUCUUGUUGGCAAUGUCACAGGAAAACAUCAGUAUUCAUGACAGCACAAUACAAUGUUUAUCUAGCCAGUGGAGUGAAGAGGAUGAGAUUGCAGAUUAUGAAUGCAACAGAGAAUGGAUGGAGGAAUGUCAGGACGGAAUACAGCUGCGGGUCUGGUACGAUAGGAUGACUAAUGCUACAGCUGAAGAGAAGAGGCGAAUGCACAUGUUUGUUGCACGCUAUUGUGACCUGUUGAAUGUGGAGAUCUCCUGCGAUGGAUGUCAUAAAAUAGCACCUUGGCAUCGCUACCGCUGUCUUCAGUGUCCAGACAUGGAUCUCUGCAAAACCUGCUUCCUCGGUGGAGUGAUGCCUGAACAUCAUGAAGAUUAUCAUAAAAUGGUGAACAUGGAGUAUGCGUGUGAUCACUGCCAGGGACUGAUCAUUGGCCGUAGGAUCAAUUGCAACGUAUGUGAUGACUUUGACCUCUGCUAUGGAUGUUACUCUGCGAAGAAGUACCCAGACAGCCAUUUGCCAACACACAGCAUUACCGUGUUCCCAAUGGUGACAAUCCGCAUUAGCGACCGCCAACGUCUCAUUCAGCCGUACAUCCACAACUACACCUGGCUGCUGUUCAGCGCACUGGCCCUCUACACAACCGAUAUCGUAACAGAGCAGAAACCUACUGAAGAAGACCUGGACCCUACUGUGCAGUCUCAGGCUGAAGCACUGGAAGCUUGUUGUACAGAACUCAUCACUGAGUAUCUGCUGAAAGCCCAUCGAGGAAAAAGUCUAAAGAAUUCUGCAGUACUUUCAUUGCUGUCCAAUGUGUCGACUGAAGGUGAGGUGGGCAGUACUGAAUCUGCAGCAGUGGUACUUUCCACAACAGAUCACAGCACCAGCAACCAGCAUCAGGAAUCUACGUCUGCAGAUGACCAGAGAGUAACUUUAUCUGAUACGCAAUCCAGAGAUGGAGAGGAAGCUGUUCAGAGUUGUCAGGAGAAACUUCGAAAGAAGUUAAAAUCAAGCGCCAGUGAUACCACCUUGGCAAGUAUUGACAGCAUUGAGUGGGAGAGCGCACAGGUUCUAGAGAUACCUGGAUCCAGGAGUGAUGCUUCAUCUUUGGAGAAGAGAACUGUAUGCCAAGGAUCUUCAUCCUUGUCGGACUCCUGUGAAAUGUUUUCAUCCAGUCAGUUGAGUGUCCCUGCAGUUGCAGCUAAUGCAUCAGGAGAUGAGGUUAAGUCCACCAGUUCCACGAAUAGCAUUUCUUCAUCACAACAUCCUUCCUCUGGAAUUUCCAGUAAGAACUCUAAAGUUGAACAGCAUCUAAACAGUUCACAUUCUGUAAUAUCUACUUCAGCAACAGCAGAGCCAUCUUUCACCUCCAGUACUGAAUCUGACACAGUCUCAAAAUCAUCCUCCAGUGACGCAGCAAAGUCGGCUGCCUCCGAAUCAGUACCACAGUCCUCCAUGUCAAGUGCACAGCCAUUUGAAUCCAAAACAGGGUAUCAACAAUUGCCUGCGAUGGAUGUGAAGAUGCUUAGAGCAGGGCCAAAGUCUGCCUGGAGAACCACUGUGGACCAUUCACAUGGAUCGAAAGCUGCCAUCAAGAUGGAUGCUCGUGAAAAGCAGGCCUUGCACAGCCAAGACCAAGUCUUUGCAGAGUGUUUGGAGGAGAGAAUACUGGGUCUGCUUGCUGCCAUGCUUCCUCCUGUAAAAACUGACUCAACCAUGUGCUUACCUAAUCUAAGGCAGGUACUGAAGCUCCUAUUUCAAGUGGCAAUGCAGAAUCCUGGGCAGUUACUUGAAACCUAUCAUUUUACACUGGGACUGCUUGGGCAGCUGCUGAUAAGAAUCUCUCCAGAAGAAGCUGAUGCAGCAGUAAAGGAAGUCCUCUUUGCAUCUUGGACUCUUCUCAGCACAGCAGAAGGCAAAUUAAAAUGUCCAGGAUGGAUGACAACGCAGGUUUUAUUCAGCCUUGGAGCAGUCUGCUUGGACUGGAUUAGCCUGGACUGGGCAUCUUCCGUCGCGGACAUCCUCAGAGACUUGAACUCUAGCCCCCAGUGGCAAAAAGUGAUUGCUGCCUUCACAAAGCACUGCACUGAGGAGCUCCCCUACCGUUUAAAACGCACCAAUAUCUUUGCACUGCUGGUUCUGGUGGGAUUUCCAGAGGUAUUAUGCAGGGGAAUACGUACUGUUUACAUAGACAAUGCCAAUGAAACUCAUGAUGUUAUCGUUGUGAAACAUUUCACAGAGAAGAUUCAAGCUGUCGUAAUUGACAUCAAGACUCGCAAACGUAAAACAGUUCGAGAUUAUCGGUUAAUGCAAGUUAGUCAGACCGAGUGGAUGACGACUCAAGCCCAGCUCGUCCAGUUCCUGCAGCAGUUCAUGUUAAUUUACAGCCACCUACUGCAAGCUAACAUAGACAGCAGUUCCCCAGAUGCAGUGGAGGCAACCUGGCUGCAAUCAUUAGCUCUAAAGGGUCUCUACAAAUUGCUGCAGAAGCCUAGUAUUGAAGAGAUCCAUCCAAUCAUUCUGCAGUCUGGUUUGAUCAAACUGCUGGAGAAGAAAUGUACCAGAGGGACAGGGUUUAGUAAGCUGUGGUUGCUUUGUGACCUGGAGACCCUCUCAAUCAUGAUGUACUCGUCCAAAAAGGAGGCCAGUGCCAAUGCCAGUGCUGAGGGGGCUGAUUCGGAAACAGAAGAGCAGGAACAGACCCCAGAUCGUGAAUCUAAGACUGGUGCCUCUGAUUUGGACAAAACUAAGCCUGAUCCUUUGGAUGGUCUUGAUGAAGCCACAAAAAUUUUUUUUCAGAUAACUCAUGAUGCUCUAAAUGCACCAUUGCAUAUUUUGCGAGCCAUGUAUGAACUUCAGAUGAGAAAAAUAGACUCCUUCUUCCUUGAAGUUCAAAAACGGUUUGAUGGACAUGUAAUUACCACAGAUGAGAUCAUUCAGUCUAUGUCUACGAAGUGGCAGCCUAAUGAAACCUUGCACACGGAAGACCACAACACAAAAGCAGUCGACACUGACAUGAUGAUUGUACCAUGUGUGCACAAGAUCAUGGGAAAGGCCUGCACACUGUCCAAGCCUUUGCGUUAUGAGAAAGCAGUGGAAGAGAGCAAUCCUGUCUCACAGAAGCUCAUAACCAAUACAGAAAGUGAUCUGCAGCGCAGCUACGCUAAACAACGACGCACUAAAAGCUCCAUGCUGCUGCAUAAAGAGCUGGACUUGCGUGGCAAGAGGACAGUGCGUGACUACCUCUACAAAGUCAACGAAGCCAUCUCCAUUCUAUAUGCCAGGCAUGUGCUCGCUUCUCUAUUGGCCAACUGGCCAAGUGGAGUGCCAAUCACAGAGGAGAUGCUGGGGCUCAGCUGCCCAUCUCACAUGGCCUACAUACUUGAUUUGCUAAUGCAGCUGGAGGAGAAGCCUCUGUGGGAAAAGAUUCUGCAGAGAGUGUUGCUUGGUUGCAGCGAGAACAUCCUGGGAUCUUUAGCAGUGACUGCCUGUCAGUUUAUGGAGGAGCCAGGAAUGGAUGUCCAGAUCAGAGAGUCCAAGCACCCCUAUGACAAUAAUACAACGAUUGAGGACAAAGUUCACAUUCCUGGUGCAAUUUACCUGUCGGUGAAAUUUGAUUCUCAUUGUGUGUCUGAAGAUGGAUGUGAUGAGUUGCUGAUGUCCAGCAGUAGUGACUACAAACAAGAUCGACAUGUGUUCAGUGGGUCAUCACAUAAGUGGAUUGACUUUGACAUUCCAGGUGAUACACUGUAUUACAGGUUUACAUCUGACCUAGACACCAAUGACUGGGGUUAUAAAUUCACAGUGACAGGAGGCCACCGUGGGCGGUUCCUGACUGGAUUUGAGAUUCUCAAACAAAUGCUGCUGGAGGAGAGGAUUCUUCCACACCUUCAACUGGCUGAAAUAUGGGAGUGGCAAGUGGGUGUGGCUUGUCAGCAGAUGGGGCAUCAACGUUUAAAAGCAAUUCAUCUGCUUUUGAAGAUAUUACAGUGCACCUCUUUCAGUGACUGCGACCUAACGAUGCUGAGGCCACUCUGGCAGCUUUUCACCAAAAUGGAAAGUAAUGCACAUCAUGAUCAGACGGGAAUUUUUAUACUUCCUCCUCUACAUCGAGCCCUGACUGAGUUAUUCUACGUUGCAGAAAAGCGAGCAAUGGAACUGGGGGUGCUGCACAACUACAUUUUGGCCUUAACCACAGAAGAUCACAUCCACCACUGUGUUGUACAGGGACUGAAGAAUGUUGCUGCUAUCAGUCUCGCCAUUAACCAUCAGAAUAAAGCCACCAUACUCUUGAGUGAACAGGCAACAUCCCAAACCAAGCCUGCUUAAUGAAGUUCUUGACCACAAAGCCAAUAGAACUAUGACGAAUUACAUCAUACAGCACUGACUGUCAGAUGUACUUAAACCUGCACUUUUUUUAAGAUUUAAUCCACUUAUUUUUCCCUCACUAUCUUUCUUUUCUCCUCUGCACUGUGACAAGACUCUUUUGAGAGCUCCUCAAAUUCCUUGGAUUCCACAUUCAUAAAAAAUCCAACUCAGAUUUGUUUUACCCACCACCUUCACAGUACAGGGUCUUCUGUUGGUCAUCAGUUUCUGUUGCAAAUAUUUCCAUCAAAUUGUUCCACUGUAAGAGCUCAGCAGACAGCUUCUCCUGUCCACCACUGCCCUUAAUCCUAUUAACAGAUUCCCUACAGUUGAAUAUUUGUGUGGAAUUGAUCACCGAAAUUAUUGAUUUUGCUUUUGGUAGGUUGGAUAUUACAUAGUAAGAAGGUUUACAAAGGUAAACUUUUUUGUGUACUGGAAUAGAAAUCUUGACCAGCUUGUGUUUACUUCAUUUGAAAGUGUGACAGAGGAUAAAUUGUGACCUUGAAAAGCCAUGAAUUCUCCUGUGCAUUCAUAUAGUCUGUAUUACAUCUUAACAAGUGCUCAAGUCCCUGACUGUUCUCCACCCUUGUCUCUCCCAAUCUGAAAGCCUUCCAGACAAAGAAAAUCUAAAGGAUAUGUACCUGACAUCUGCUGUCUGUCACAGAGGAUGUAUAUUUUACAUCCAAUUAUUGGAACAUUUUUUUAUUUAAGUUAGUUAGAGCAUAUAAUGCCAUUUCUAACUUUGUACUGAUUUCGAAGCAAGAAAAAUGUUCUUUGCUCCCAUCUUCUUCCUCCUGUGAUCUGCCCCCUACUCCAAUGCUGCAUAGAAUUUUGAAUGUAUAAUGCUGUUGAUAUUAUGUGAUGCGGGUAUUAAUUAAUCAGUUGAAAAUAAUGGACAUUUAAAAUAUUCUCUCAGUUGUAAUAUAUGCUGAGCUCUUUUAAAUAAUAUGCCAACUUGGUAAUGUUCAAUAAAAUAGAAACUAUGAAAUGUGCAAUUAAUUUGACUUUUUACAUGAAAAUUUGAAGAGAGCUUGAGGUACAAGACACUGGGACUGUGUUGUGUCUCAGAGGAAUUGCAAUAACAUUCCGAAGUGAGGAGUUUUAUUAUAGGGAAAACAUAGUAAAGGAAAGGGUUAAAAUGGAAAUAAAAAGGAAGUUGGAAUUUGGGAUAUGGGCGGUUGAUAAAGACAUGACAGGUUUAGGCUUCAGCAACACAAAGAGUCAAAAAUGAAUAUUCUGACCCAUCCAAUGAUUGCAACCAACAAAGGACAACUUUUAUUGAUGGCAUCUGCAGGUUUGAAUUGAACAGGAGGAAUCUGUUGAAGUACAUUCAGCCCAUGGGGUAUUGAGGGGCGAUGAAGAUGCCAAGUUAAAAGUGGUUGAGCAGAAUUUAUCAGAGGUUUAUUGAAUGGUGAACAGGUAACAUUAAGAUACAGGAAGGCGACAACAUUUGAAAGAAGCAGGAAUUCUCAGCAAUGUGGGACAAAAGGAAUGGAAUAAAUAGCCUCUGUACUGGAUUUCAGACCUGUCUAUUAGUCACCUUCUCUAGCUGUUCACAUCACUUGAAGUUAUAUGUAUUUUCCCAACUUUUACCUGUUAUUCUAUCAAAACCUCAGAGUCCAGUGAGUGAAUUAACUCAAAUGUAUGAUACUUUUAAAGUCCACAAUAAUUAAUAAAAUCUCUUCUUUAAAAGUU